UUUCUGUCUGAAUCGGGCACAGAAUGAGAAGGAGGAGGAGGGAGAGAUGUGGAGGAUCAAGCCACAGAAUGAGAAGGAGGAGGAGGGAGAGAUGUGGAGGAUCAAGCCAGAAGACAUGGGUCGGGCAGAGGAGGCGAAGCGGUUCAUGGUGAACUACUACAGGACGUUCGACACGAAUCGGGCGGGCUUGGUGAACCUGUACCGGGAAGAGUCGGUGCUGAACUUCGACGGCCGGGAGAUCAAGGGCAAGGAGGCCAUCCUCGCCAAACUCACCUCCCUUCCGCAGUGCCACCACGAAAUCGCCGAGUUCAAGUGCAUGCCCUACCGGACCGGCAGCGUGCUCAUCUCCGUCUACGGCGAGACCUGGGUAGGGGGUCAGAAUGUCAUGGCGGACGCCCUUACUUCAAAUCAGACGUUCCUUCUGAUGCCAGCACCAGAAGGAAGCUUUUGCGUAGGAACACAAAUUUGGAGGCCCUUUGAUCUCAACAAGGUUCGGACACCACCACCGGCAUCGAAACCGACACCGACCUUUGCUUUUCUAAUGUCCACGCUGACUUCCCCACCCCCACCGCCACCGCCAAUGUCGGCCUUUGUUCUUCACUGCCUUUGUUCUUCGCACCGCCGUGCAGAUGUCCGGCACGACAUCGCCAGCUUAUGUCUCGGCACUAGCACCGCCCAUGGCCGCCUCGACAUCAAGUGAGUCCACCUCAUCCGCCUCGGCAUCAAGUGGGUCCGCCUUGGCACUGCCCAUGUCCAGGAUGAAAAUUUCCACCUUGGCACCGCCCAUGUCCCUCAUAAAACAUCCGUAGGUUCAUAUAUAUAGGUUCAUAUAUAUAUAUAUAUAUAUCAGUAGUUUCAAUGUUCUUGGCGACAUUUUAUUUUCAAUGUUUU